ACACAGGUGCUGUUUCCACCGCCAUACCUCUUUAUAUAUAAUAAAUACGAACCUCCCACGAGUUUCCACUACGCUCUUCUCUUUGUCUUUGACUAUAGUAGAGAAGAGAAAUUAAAACAGAUGGGAAGUUUAGAGGAAGACGAGUUGGUACAAAUGGUGCAAGAUUUUAUAGAAUCCGAAUCAACAUCCCCCACAAGUUCCACUUCCUCAAAUUGCCACACCUUAAACCACCGAACUCAAUAUUUUAUUCUACAGGAUAUUCUAAGGAGUGAUGGUGAUACAGCAUGUGAGGCUAAGGUAUUGAAGUGUGUAUUGAAGCAUAUGAGAGGUAGAAAGGGUGCUGAGAAAACAACAAGUCUCAGUAGAUGGCUUGUUAUGAGGAUGAAAAUGGAUGGCCUCAAUGCUUCUAUAUGCCACACCUCUUGGGCCACCUCUUUGGGUUGUCCUGCUGCAGGUGAGUACGAGUAUAUUGAAGUGAUAACAGAGGAUGAUGAGAAUUAUGCCAAACCUAUGAGGCUGAUAGUGGAUAUAGACUUUAGGUCCCAAUUUGAAGUUGCGAGGCCAACACAACACUACAAAGAAUUGACAGACUCGGUCCCAGUGAUUUUUGUUGCGAUUGAGAGCAAACUGUGCAAGAUAAUUUCGCUGCUAUGUUCUGCUGCCAAACAGUGCCUAAGAGAGAAGGGUCUCCACGUGCCACCAUGGAGAACCACCUCAUACAUGCAAGCCAAGUGGCUCUCUGUGAGUCCUAAAGAGCCUAGCCAUGCAGGUUAUGUGGGAGAAAAAGGUGAUGCCAUUGGUGAUGAUCAUGAACAUGCUGAUCCUGAUAUUAUUGGUAACUGGGUACCUCCAUUACUGAAGCCAAAGAAAAGGGAUUUGGAUGGUGGUGGAUCUGGUUUGUCAAGUCAAUUAUCUAACAUGAGUGUAAAUUGUUGCUAGGGGAGUAGUCUCUGCUUAUUCUAAGAACUACUAUAACCAAUUUUGGUCGCAAUUUUGGAGUUCUUUUUGAUAAAUUCAGUGAUCAUCAUCACAAGUAUUUUUUUAUUGCCACUUAUGGUAGUGCCAUAAAAUAAGAGCACUUCUUACGUGGAUUUUAAAAUUUUAGUAUUUUGUGAGCAAAAAGUGCUUGUAAUCCACUUGAGAAUCCUAUUGUCGAAUAAAAGAAUAUCCUUCUCCGUUUCA